GGUAGAAAUGAGGGAUUCAGCACUUCUUCGUCUCUGUCAGUAAAAGAAGAUCCGCUGGUUAGAUUGAUGCAGAGCAGUUCAUUCAAUAAUACAUCUAGGGAUAUAUUUUGAAAAAAGGCAGGGAAAAUACUAUUAAUGAUCUGCUCAGCCACCCUCCAUGCGGAUUUAAUGGAUCUUGCGAGAUGAUAUCUACAGGUUGUUCUUGAUUAUAAUUUUUUCCUGAAAGUCAAGGUGCAGUCACUCAAUCAUUUGAAGCUUAAAAUGUUGGCUUAUGCUUACACCACUCUGAGGAGUCACUGAGGCAGUGGUUUGUCCAUGUGUGGGAACGGCAGAUCAAGAGUGCCACUUCUCAGGGAUGUUGCCCAGAGGACACCUGAGUGGACAGGAUGACUCCUACAAAUCAGAGCUACUUCCACUCUCACCCAAGAGGGGAGACCUGCACAAGAAAAGAUCACAGAGCCCAACAGUGGGACAAAACCUGCACAGAAAGCUGCAGAAGUCCCUGCAGGGGCCAGAGGAUAACUCUCUUCAUGACCUGUCAUCAGUGGACACUACCUGCACCAAAGCUGACCUCACCCCGUCUGGGGAAAACAGCAGGUCUGAUUGCCAGGAUGGCAUUGGGGUUGUGAAGGAUACUAUAUCUGGGCUCAAUGAAGGGAUCAGAAAUGAAGAAGAGAAGGAGGAGAUGGAGGAUGAGGAGGCAGAACAAGGCUCUAGUAACAUAGUGGAACAUAUCCUAAAGGAGCUGAAAGGCAUCAACAAGAUCCAGGAGGAAAUUUCUGACCUGAGGCAGUAUCUAACAUCUGUGCGAGGCUCGGUGGAUGAAGUAUCUUGUUGUGUCGAUGCAGUGCUCAGUGAAAUAGGUGAGCUGUACUCUGGGGCUUCAGCUGCACCUCAUCCUAGUCCUGUUUCUCAAACAACCCACAUCAGGCGAGGAAGCCUGGGUAGACAAAACGCCAUCACAUCUCUUCAAGGAAGAGACACCAAUCCACUCUUGGAUCUCAAAGAUUGUGGAAAAGAUUCAGGAUGCAUACCAUCUCACAGAUCACCCAAACAAUGGCAGGUUGAUAGAGGCACUCUCCAAUCAGACCAGCAAACAGACCAAGAGAACUCAGAGCAGAGUUCCUGCUACCUGGGGCUUCAUCGUGGCUGUGACUACCAAAGCACCAGCUCUUUGUCAUCGUGUUACAGUUCCAACUGUCCAGAAGCAGGCUUUCUUUAUGGUGACACAGAAUAUGACAGGUGGCCUUCUGUUGAUAUGCAGCACAGUGUAAGUGGAGAAGGAGGUUGGAGUGAGGAGGACAUCUGCUCUUGUGCAAACAGUCGAGAAGGAGGAUUAGAGGAUUGUCUAGAUGUUUGGGACAGAUAUGCCACAGAGGAGACACAAAGCAGCACACCGGGCCAUUCUUCACACAACAGCUCUGAGCAUCUCUCAUUGCUGUUUGGACACCAUUACAACUCUCCUUCAAGUUCUUCCAGUAUGGUGGACUGGAGGCCCCCCAGACUACAAACUGAGGAAGAAAACUUGGAGUGUGACUGUUCUGCAAACUGCCCAUACUCACGUAGUUCUGGUUACCACACCAUGGAUGCUUGUGCAAAUGAUCUUGGUAGUGGGCCCUCCAGGAGUCUGAGUUGCUCCACUGUGCUGUUGACAGACUGUGAUGAUGGUUAUCUGGAGCCACAUUCACUGUGCGAUGACUGUCCAUCAUCUGGUGACACUCUUGAUCUGGGGUCUGCAGACAGUUUGGACAGGGAGUGGACAGAUCACAGCAUCUCCAGGGAUGAAGCAGAAGAAUCUUUGUCACAGGAGUCUUCUGAAAUAGAUCCUGAAAGCACUAAGACCCCCAAUGUAAGUUUUGAUGUAACAACUUUUAGCAAGGCUGUACUCACUUUCAGGUCAGCUGUGAAAGGGGCUUUGAAAAAGUUGGAAGGAUCCAACCCUGAAGGUGUGAAAGACGAUAGUGGGUCUGUGACAUCUCCAUCCCCUGUCAGAAAAGCCAGUGAACCCAAGGAGGAGCAGGGCAGUACAGAGUAUACAGAGGGAGAAAUCAGUCUGACAGAGAAUCACACUCAAUUUGGCACUCCAAAGGAGGAGAGUGAUGUUUCGGUCUACGUGGAUUGUUGUGAGACACAUGAGAACCUGCCAUGCUCCACUAAAGCAUCCCCUUAUGAAGCAAGCCACUCUCCCUGCACCCCAACUGAGUAUCACUCUGUAGAGAUUUCACAGAACAAAGGAGAAUGUUCAACAGAUGGGGAACUGUCCAACCUUGACUUAACUCCAGACCACUGUCCAGCAAGGCAGCGCGAGAGUCCACUGGGUCCAGUGCUCAGUACAGAUGAGGUGCAGUUAAGUCCAAUUAGGGAAAACCACGUUCUUGAUGAGGUAAAUCAAGGAAAGCCUAUCGACGCCAGUCACAGAGAGCGUAUUGCUAAUUUCCAGCGCAUUCUGAGGGAAAAGAGGCAAACCCAUCGUAGACUGUCCAAAUCUGCUCAGGGGUCCCAGGGGUCCCAGGGGUCCCAUGGCUCUCAAGGGUCUCAAGGAUCCCAAUCUCAAGAUGAGUUUAUCCCAGAGUGUGGGGGAGAAGAUAAUCAGGUCACUCAUACAACAUUAGCUCCAUAUUUAAGCUGCACUUAUUUUUCCUGUUUAUUUUGAUUGUUGUGGCAUAAUUGUGUAAAUUUUUUUCUCCAUUACUAGUCUUUGUCAAAGGGUGUGCUUGUUUGCACUACAAAGCAUAAUGCAUUUUGCAAAUGGUACAUAUUAUCAUGUGGGUAGAUAUGUAUAUGUAAUAUUUAUUGAAAACUUCAGCUUGCUAUUCUGGAAAACACAUUUGUCCCAUCACCUAAGUUAUUCUAUUUAAUUAAUAGUUUAUCAUUGGUUUCAUUCAUGUUGUAGCUAGAGUAUGAUUCUCCAGUUCUGUUUCUCUUGCUAGUGUUGGUGCAGCUGCUUUAUGUUUCCCCCAGAAUUUUUUCAAACGCUGUCAGAAACUCAUACUGUGAGAGUGAACCCCAGAGGAAUCUCCACUUUAAACUCGUGUCAUUUGAGAGACAGAUAUACAGACACUGAUGAAAGACUUUACCUUGAGGAAUACGUAAAAGAACUUGUGUACAUGUGUAGUCCCCCAGUCACAAUUUUGGUGGUUUUGUGAAAUCCUUGCAAAUGUUUGCUUUUGUCUACUUCUUCUGAGUUAUCUGGUGUUUCUCUUAAAACAGUCUGUGGGCGGUUUUGAAUCUGCAUAAUGUUGGUCCACCAUUGCAUUUCACAUAACAUCUUUUACAAUUAGAGUUCAGCAAUAUUUAUUUAAUCCUGUGUUUUAAAGGCAUCAUCACUUACUUUUUAUUUGACUUUGCAUGUUCUGUAACAUCAGAGAGGUGAAACUCAACCAACUGUAACUUUCCAUUACCUCCGUCUUCUCAUAACAUACUGUGUAUAAUAUGUGUCAGCCUAUAUAAAUCGUCAGCC